CACAUUUAGCCAAGGACGGUUAGGCUUGGUGUGUGUAUAUCAAGAUGAAAGCUGAGAAAGAUGAACAAAGAACUGCUUCUGAUCAUGACCUGAGUGUGGUUAAGGGCAAACCUAAUUUUAAGGCCUUACAGGAUGCCUUCGAUGUCAUCAACAUGCUUGCCGGAGACAGUGUCAAAGAUCAUGAGCUGUGGUCCAUCCUGAAGAAACUGGGAGUGAAUUUGAAUAACAAGGAGUUCCAGGAGCUGCUGAAGAAGGCAGAUGUGGAGAAAGACGGGAUGGUGAACUUCAACGGCUUCAUGGUUGCCUUGGGGAAAACACGGCUCUUCACUGAACUUGCAAUGUUGAAGAACACCAUUCAAGGCAUUGAGAAGAUUGAAGGAGACAAGAUGAUUGUGCAUGAUCUCCCUUUCUUUGUGAGAAACUUGGGGAUCCAACUCUCUGACCAAGAGUUUGAGCAAGCCCUAAAACAGGUACCUGUAGAUGGCAAUGGAAAGGUAGUUGUGAGAGACUUCAUUAAAGUUCUUACCAACAUUCCACAUUUCUCUGAACUGUCAGUGCUGAAGGAUGCAAUUAAAGCAGUCAGCAAUAUUCAAGGAAACAAGGUUUCUCUGCAGGACCUCAAAUCCACCCUCAAGAACAUGGGCAUUUGUUUAUACCCAGAGGAAUAUCAGGAACUAAUUCAGACAACUCCCAUUGACAAGGAAGGGAAUAUUGAUAUUGAGAAUAUCAAAAAGAAGAUAUCCAAAUCAGAACGCUUUAAAGAAAUGGAAGCUCUGAACAACACCAUCAAGGCCUUUAGUCAGUUCGGUGAUGGGAGAGUGAAGGUUUCUGACCUAGAGGCAUGCCUCAACAAUAUUGGGAUCCAUCUAACCAAGUCAGAAUUAGCCCAGGCCACAAGGUCCAUGGAAGUCUCUUCCGAUGGGACUUUAAAUGUCCUUGAACUGACUUCAGCUAUGAAAGGAACAAAGUUGUUCAAAACAUAUUCAGCUGUGUUUGAGGCCAUCCUUGCUCUCAAGUUCAUCAAGGAAUACAAGAAUAUGAAGUCAAAACGUGUGAGAAGAAAGCUGAAUACUUUUGGCCUACAAAUAGCUAAUGAGGUGAUCUCCCAGGUACUCAUUUCAGCACAGAUGACGGAAGCUGGGCAAGCAAAAUUCAAUGACUUCUUGAGGGCUCUGAUAAGGAAUCAAGAGUUUAAAACAUCUGCAGCCUUAGCAGAUGGCUUUAACAUUCUUGCCAAACUAAAAAAUGGAAGGAUUGGUGUAGAGGAUUUACAAGUACUUAUGAAGAGCUUCAACAUGAACUUACCCUCCAAGGAUUUAUCAGAGGCAUUGGCCUUUUGCAGUAUUGAUGACAACAAGACAGUAAAUCUGAAGGACUUCCUUAGGGGGGUGGCCCAUACUAGUACUUUUAUUACUAAUCCAGAAUUACAGCUGACUUGCAUGACUCUGAGCACACUCCAGGGGGACCAGUUUGACCUCUAUGCCCUUGAGUCUACCCUGAGCAGCAUGGAUCUUCCAGAAGCUAAUGAAUUACUGCAACAAGUGAUGAAGACAGCCCAAGUUGAUGGUCAUGGUAAGGUGAAUUUCAGAGAAUUCAUGAGGAUUUCCAUUGUCAUACCAGAACUCCCAAAAGCAAUUGUGCUGAAGGAGACUUUUAAUGCAAUGAGUGAUAUCAAAGAUGACCAAAUCCAUGUGAAUGAUCUGCCAAAAACUUUGGCUGGUAUGGGCAUCAAUUUGACUCCAGAGGAGCUCCAACAACUAAAGAACUCUGUUACAGUCUCAGGUGAUGGAAAAGUGCAUUUUAAAGACGUCAUGAUGAAUAUCACUGGUGCCCAGUCCUUCACUGAAUUCCAUGCUUUACAGAAUGCUUUCAAUGUGAUCAAUGCAACUUGCAAAGAGAAGAUUAAAAAGGAAGACUUGCCAGCUGUUCUGGAAGAUUUGGGAAUCCAACUGUCCCCUGAUGAACUUCAGGCAGCUCUGGCAUUGGUUUCUAUUGAUGAAUCUGGGAAACUGGAUGGGACAGAAGUCCUGAAGAUUUUGUCCAAUGCUCCACAGUUUUCUAAGCUCAGAGACAAACUAACUGAAACAGACAGGCCAAAAAGUGCUGGUUCCAGCCGCUUCAGUGGUGUAGUGUACAGGUGA